UCUACUGUUCCUACCACAACUAGCAACACGCCUUCAACCUCUACUGUUCUUACCACCACUCCUCCUUCAACAACCUCUACUGAUACUACAACUACCAGCAACACUACUCCUUCAACAACAUCUACUGUUCCUACCACCACGAGCAGUACUCCUUCAACAACAACUACUGUUCCUACCACCACUAGCAGUACUCCUUCA